AUGGCGGCUAUGCAUUCCGCGCGUACUUUGUUCUGGGACCUCAUCCUUGAGGAGGAUUUGCCGGAUGCCCUGGGGUCGCAACCUGGUGCGAGCAGAUGGUAUGAGAUUGUGCCAGUCAAGGAUGGUGACGUUCUGGUCUUCGAAAGCGCUGGUGGUACAUCUCAAUUUCGGCGCUUUGUUGCAGCAAAAAGCAGCUGGAAUGAGGCUGAAGAGCUACCGCUGCUGAGUGUGAAUGCGGCAGUGCAGUCGCCGGCCAAUCCAGAGAAGGUUUGCAUCCUUCACUGUCCGCUGCUCUGGGGUUCUGAUCAUCGCUAUGAGGUUUACAGCAUGGAUGCAGCUCCAGACAGCGACCCAGCACCGGAACCUUUGUUUGUUUCUGCAACCAACAAUGACAAGGCACCGUCGAAACUGGUGGAGGCUGGGAUUGCUCCAAAGAAGCGACAUGGUUUCAGCCUCGCUCCAUAUGGCAGCAGUCUCUUUUUCCUCUGUGGUCUUCAGCACUUUCCCGGUGACACAACGGGCUCCUUUGUAUAUUGCUUCAGCUUGGAAGAACGUGUUUGGACCGAAGUCGAGUAUGAAGGCACCUUUCCAGCCACUAAUCCUGGCCGUCCCUAUUCUGGGUGCCGCUUCGGCCAGUCCUGUGUGGUCUACAACCGUCACGCCUGGAUUUUUGGUGGCUUCGUUGCAUCUGAAGAUGGCGGAGUAGAACCUACAAACAGCCUCUUCAGCUUUGACCUAGAGGAGCACCGCUGGGAGGAGGUUGCAAAAAUGUCCCCAGAGAAACCACCAGUCAUGUCAGGUCAUCAUGCAGUGGCAUUUGACGACCAAAUCUUUAUUUUUGGUGGUGACGAGGGCGCGCAGAAUGCAUAUUGCUACAACAUGGUGCAGUCGCACUGGUCACAGCUGCCUCCCCUUCUGCUCGGUCCGCGGCCAAGCGAUGGCCGCGUGGUGUAUGGCUUGGAGACAUCCGGAGUCGUAGCCUACCAGCAGGGCCCUUCACACGAUGGAGAGCCGAACUUCAUGGAUCACGGUAUCUUCAAAGUGUCCAGGGAGCAGCUGAACCGAGCGAUGGACGGCUCCUCACAAUUUGACAGACGCGUUGUAACCGAGCUCGACUUGUUCUUGCUCGAUGAAGCAUCUGCAGAUGCUGAGUUCAUGGUGGAGAUGGAUGGAACGAAAGUUCCUGUGCACCGCGCUGUUCUCAAACGGUUUGCUCCAGCUUUGGCACGCCUUUUUGGAGACGGUGUUCCGACGGUCAAAUUGCCUCAAGUGAAGACUCGCACGCUGCAGCUUUUGCUCCAGCAGAUCUACAGCAGAUUCACGGCCGAUCUGCCACCACAAGAGGCGGAGGCGCUGCUGAAAUUGGCACAGCGCUUUGAGUUGCAACCGCUGCUUCGCCUAUGCCAAGACAGCAUAGUCAUUGACGCUCACAAUGUGCAUGAUUUCUUGCGCUUCGCCUCCCAAGUGAACACUCCGUUGGACAUAUUAAGUCAGAAAUGCAUUGAGUACUUGACCUCGCAUCCUGAGCAGUUGAGCUUGACAAGGAGCCCAGUGCGUGACCGGAUGCCCUCAAUGCAGAUAGACAUGCAGCCAGUGGAGAGUUCACAGAAUCUACAGCAGCUGCAACAGCAACUCCAUCAUUUGGGUCCCAGUGCCACCGCUGCACUGCAGGCUGUUGCCAAAAGUCCUGGCAUUGCCAUAGGUUGUGCGGGGGGCCUUGGAAGUGCCGGUACUGCAUCUCUUGCACGCUUUGCCUCCUUGAGUGCACAGCCUAGCACGCAGUUGGCAGUGCCCGGGCCAUUUGGUGCCUCCAGACCUGGACCUAUGCAAGUACCUCAUCAGGCGGUGCCGCUGCGUGGCUCUACACAGAUGCCACCGUCCCAAAACUGGCGCCCAGCGCAGCCUACGCAGCCCACACAGCCAACGCAGCCAACGCAGCCGACGCAGCCGACGCAGCAGACGCAGCCAGCUCAGCAGCCGCAAGCGCAGCACAAGCCUGGUGUGCCAUAUUCAGGCCAAAGCCAUGCCAUGGGCGACACCACCUACAUUUUUCAGCGAUUGACUUCGGGCGGCUGA